AUGACGUUUGCACAAGGUUCACCAUUCCCAGAGGGUGUAAAGUUUGCCUACAUCCCCAUCAACACUGACGACACUAGACUCAUUGAUCCAUUGGUUUGCCAACAACCAAUCACACUCAAUUUAGACGAUGUGAUCACCUACCUCUCCACAACUAACCAACCAAAACUACUCAUUGUUUCAGUUCCCGGUGCAUGGACACCUACAUGUGGAGAAGUUCACGUUCCACCAUACUUGCAAAAUAUGGCAUCACUAGGAUCAAAAGGAAUUGGUGCUGUUGUUGUUCUUGCUUCAAAUGACCCAUUCGUUGUCAAUAGUUGGGGUAAAGUCCUCGUGAAACAAUUCUAUAAUGUUGAUGAUAAUGCAAAAGGAAUCAUGCCUAAGGUUGUUUUUGCUAAUGAUAUUGAUGGUUUUAGUCGUAAGCAUGACUUGGCUAAUGAAGUCAAUGGGUUUUCAAGAAAUAAGAGAUAUGCUGCUGUUGUUGAUGCCAAAACAAGAAAUGUUGAGUAUCUUGGAGUUGAGACUGAAAGGAAAGUUGAAAAAUCCGGAUAUGAUACUGUAUUAGCUAAAUUAUAA